AUGGAGGCCUACUACACGAGGGAGAAAGGGAGGCCGCCAAUCCCUCUACCCUCGGGCUCUGACACCUUCGCAGGGUCCAUCAGAGCACAGCAAAAUCUCCCCCCCCUGCCGGUGAGGGAAAUCCCGGCACCUACCAGCCGUGCUGUGGGGUCUGGAGGCAUGUCUGAUCAGCGACAAGAAGGGGAGGAUAACUCCUGUAAAAUGGUGGUACAGAGCACCUCUGAUAAAAGAAGACAGCUGCCCGACCUCCAGCUCAGACUAGACCAACUAUUUGAAAAAUUCUGGCACCAGCUAGAGAGCAGAGCGCACCUACCUGCCUCACAACUGCCAAGCAGCCAUCUGCCCAAAAAGCAGCCUCAACAAGGGAGAAGGAACCCAAAAGUCCUCACUGCAAACCGGACCUCAAAAUGGCGGCAGACCAAGCGGCGUUUUCUACCACAGCACAAGAAGACAAACACCCAAAUGAAAUACCGCCAGGAACAUAAAGCACAACUGGAAAAGAAGAACACUCAAACUUACCUGGCAACUCCGGGGUCCAGAGGACUGCAACGCCCCGCUCCACUCCAGCCUUGGAUACAGCAUGUAAGCCAGCCACUACUAUCACCAUAUGGGCACGGAGACCCACACGCAGCUUGCACGCAACACCAGCUGCUCUGCAGAUCAGGAGUCGGCUGA